CCGGUUAGGUGACUAGCGAGUCGCGCACGCACUAGGACAGCAGAUGGCCGUCAGGGGUUGGAGUUUCGAUCUACAACCUUGCUGCUACAUUGUCUACGUAAAGCUACAUUUGUUCAAAUCAGAUUAUGUCCUGUCAUAUUAAAGACGUGGCGCUAUCUAGCGACAGCGUCAUCGGAGUGGCCAUUGUAUCCGUACGCACAGACUCCCUAUUUUCCCCUUCCACCUCCCUGCACCCCUCACACGUCCUUCCCUCCUCAUCUUCUCCCUUCUGCCCCAUCCCAAGCCUCCCCCCUCCCCCCAACACCAUCAAAAGCCCUAUCUCCCAACUCUUCUACAGCGAUCCUCAGCCUCCUCGCCGCCCACCACUCGAAGAUCCAUGUACCUUGUCACGGGCGCUUAGAGAGGUAGGGAUAACGGCCUUAUCCGGGCUCUCACGGUGUGGAAUUCUCCGGAUAGAACAACGGGCCCAACAGCUACCCUGGAGGCCUUCGCGGGUGCGUACAAUAGACAAGCUAAUCUUUCUUACUUGUACGGCGAGCCCUUAGAUCCGGAGAAUUCCCUACCGCAAGAGCCGUGAAUGGGAAAUUCGACUUUAUGAACGAUCUAAACGAUGCUGAAAAUGAUAAGGAGCAGUGUGAAGCCAGUGUGAGGCUCAUGGAAAGGCAAGGGGACAAUGCUCUCGAGGGAUGCUACGAUAAGAUUUACAAAAGUAGCGAAAAACGCUGCGGCCUCAAGACGCCGAUGCAAUUGCACUAGAGUACAUGAUUACGGUUUUGGAUUAUCGGG